UUUUUUUUUUUUUUUUCUAUUUAAAUUGAAUAUAUAUAUAUAUAAAUAAAUAAUUAAAAUAAAACGUUUUGCAUUCAAGGUGUGAGUGUUUUGGUAUGUAUACGUAUAAGUGAAAAUUUUACGGGAGUUAAAAAAAAAUUUUUUUUAAAAAUGUAUAGUAACAUAGACCCUUGGGAGCCUGGUUAUGGGCCACCAUCAGACAGAAGAGGUCAUAACAAUUCAGAGUAUGAGUAUCGUAAUAGUAAAUCACCACCAGAGUUUGGAGAGCUGAGAGAAAUAGAGCAUAGAGAAAGAACCCAUCGGAGUCCAGAUUAUCGAAAUAGUCAUCGACGUGAAAGGGAUAGAGAUCAUGAUCGUUUGCGAGAUAAAAGGGAUCGUAGUCGGGAAGAUCGUGGUGGUGGAGGAGGAAACGGAGGUCUAGUCGGAGGAAGUGAUCGUAGUUACAGAGACAACCGAGAUGAUCGUUAUAAUCGUCAACGAGAAAGGGGAGAUCGGGAUUCAUCAGACCGCGAACGUGAUAGAGAACGUGAUCGUGAUCGUGAUCGUGAUAGGGAUCGUGAUCGGGAUCGGGAUCGUGAUCGUGAUCGUGAACGCGAUCGUGAUCGUGAUCGUGAACGCGAUCGUGAUCGUUCUCGGCGCGAUAGAGACAGAGACAGAGACCGAGAACGAGAACGUGAACGAGAGCGAGAGCGAGAUCGACGUGGUAAACGUACCGAUGAUCGCGAUCGCGAUGACGAUCACAGUAGGGAAAGUUCAGAUAUGAUGAUGAUGAUAAGUGAACAUGACCACGGUCGUUCUUAUGGUUCAUCAUCAAUGGAGGGUGUCCACUACAAGUCACAGACCCCAAACAACACCAUUAUGAUACGUGGGCUCGCCCAGCAUAUCACUGAAAACGACGUGCGGCAAGACAUCCUCAACUGUGGUCUCAUGCCUAAGGACAUAAGGUUAAUCCGGAAAAAAGACACUGGUGCUUCGCGAGGUUUUGCAUUCGUCGAGUUUAAUGCAACACAGGAGGCAACACGAUGGAUGGAGAUGAAACAGGUAGUAACGAGUUCCAGAAUCCAGAUACUAUCCAACUGAUGCUUUUCUCAGACGUGCUUUCAACGCCCAGUGGUGGCAAGGGCACGGGGAUUUUAAUGCUGCAAGAUCAAUAUCGUGCCCUAAUGCAGUAUAGUAUUCCAAAAGAUAUUCAUUCUGAUAAAGCUCCAUCUAAAAA